AUGGAAGAGCAUAUAGAGCCAGCAAAAGAUAAGCAAAAUGAUACAUCAAGUCCUAGGUGCAAAACACCGCACCAGGAUAGAGCUUCAAGCGUGAACAGUAGUCCUCCUAGUGGUUAUCAUAAGGAAUCCAAUUCGGUUAUCGAGGAUAUCCUGACUAAGAGAAAAGAUCGCACCAAUGAGAAAACUUCACCAUGGUCUUCACCUCCUAUAGAGUUGCGACAACAAAAAAAAGUUGGUCAGUAUCGAAAACUACAGAGUUUAAGAAACGACAAACGUCAAGAGAGAGUAUUGAACAAACGUGGGGGGUUGGAGAAAAUGGAGACUUUUGUCAUGGAGGGAGAGCGAUUAAGGGAACUAGAAACUUUAAAGAGACAAGCAGAGCAAAAUUGUAUACCGCCAACUCAUAUCGAUGAAUUAGAACAAGAACAAUUAGAUGAGCUUGAACGAUUAGAAGAUGAUGAGCUGCUGGAUUUGCUUGAACUCCAUGAAGGCUAUGAAAAGGAGUUAGAGAACUUGCUUUCAGAUUUAUCUGUCAGCUAA